UAAAAUACAACCAAUAUUCCUUCUCAGUGGCAAGACAAAGUAUCGCAGAGAUGCUCUGUUUUACAAUAGGCUUUGCAUUGUAAUCUCUAAUGUGACAAUUUAGUCAGCCCCUCUGCAAGAGCUACUGAGGCUGGUCUGUGGUUGGUGUACCAACCUUUCACUUUCUCCCUGCCCUGAUUUGUCUCCACCUGAUUUAGUUCAUGAAGAGAGCAGGAAGCCGGUGGUCUCUGCAGAGAAGCUGUUUUGAAACCUUUUUAUCUUUAGCAUGCAAAAACCUUUGAUUUAUUUCAAAAACACAGAGUUGGAUUAUAAAUUCCUUUGUAAAUGUGUAUGGUGAUAUUUGCUCCGCUUUUUGCAAUCUUUGCAUUUGCAACAUGCGGUGGUUACUCUGGAGGACUGAGAGUCAGCGUAGACUGUGCCAACAAGACGCUAAGUGACCUCAGCAUUGAUAUUGAUAUUGCUUAUCCUUUCAGGUUAUAUCAGGUGAAUUUUGACGCACCCACAUGUGAAAGCAAACUGCGUGAAUCUAUCUCAUUAGGUGGAGACUUCUCAUCUCCGGCUGAGUUCUUCGUCACAAUUGCAGUAUUUUCAUUCCUCUAUUCCUUGGCUGCAACCGUUGUCUACAUUUUCUACCAGAACAAGUAUCGGGAAAACAACAGGGGUCCACUAAUUGAUUUUAUUGUAACGGUGGUGUUUUCAUUCAUGUGGCUUGUGAGCUCAUCAGCGUGGGCCAAAGGACUUUCAGAUGUUAAGAUUGCCACAGAUCCUGAUGAAGUGCUGCUACUGAUAUCCGCUUGUAAACAGAGGACGAACAAGUGUAUGUCUGUGCGUAGUCCUGUUAUGUCAACUCUAAAUACUUCCGUGGUAUUUGGGUUCCUGAACUUUAUUCUGUGGGCUGGAAAUAUAUGGUUUGUCUUCAAGGAGACUGGAUGGCAUGCCUCUGGACAGCGAUACCCACCAGAGACAAUGGAAAAACAAUCAAGUGGCCUAAACCAGUCUUUAAAUCAAGGGGGAUACAACCAAGACAGCUAUGGGCCAACUCCUGGAUAUAACCAGCAACAGGGAGGAUUUGUCCAACAGCCCACUUUUAGCCCACCUGGUGGGCCACAAAACUUCAACCAGGCUCGGUAUAAUCAAACUGGUCCAACGUCUUUUGCCAAUCAAAUUUAAAAUAGAAAAAACUUGUUACGUCCCAUUAACUGCAAAAAAAAAGAUUAAUCAGAUCUACAAUAUUUGCAGGGACAUUUGAAAAUAAUGUAUCCAUAGGCAAAGGGUAUUAACAAGAGUCUACUACAGUGUGUUCAGAUACUGGUGAUGGAUUGCAUUUUCUGAUAAAUCUAAGAACAGAUUAUGAAGAUGAGUAAUGCAUUAAAUAAUCUUCUUUUGUUAGUGGAAAUAGUAACCAUAUUUUGUAAUCCUAGAGAUUUUCACAUUGGAUGAAAUAACGUAUAGUAAACAUUCCUUACAGUUGUGUAAUAUUGAAAAAAAAAGUGUUAUUCCAUUUUAAUUUUUUUUUUUUUUUUUUUGCAUGAUGCUGCUACAGUUGUGUGUUGUUAACCUUACAAUUGACGGGCAGUUUUGAGCAAACUUACACCCCAUAUAGUAAGCUUUUUCUUAGUGACUUGAAGAUUUUUCCUCUUGAUACAUUCCACAUAUGUGUUAUCCAGUAAAGUGCAGCAUUAACAUGUU